AUGACAACCGGGCCGGCACACUACCAGUUGCUCGCUCGUGGCCGGGCAGUCGACACUCAAUCCUACGUGGCCUUUGCCUCGCCAGCGAGAAGCAGCGACAAGAACGACUAUCAGGCCUGGGGGCAUUCGCAGCUGGUCAGUCCAUGGGCAGAAGUGGUGGUCGAGGCGGAGCACGAGCCUGGCGUGUGGGUUGUGGAGAUCGACCCCUCCGAAGCAGAUCGCAUUCGGGAGCAGGUUCCCACCUCGUACCAGAAACGAGGCGACCUUUAUGCGCCAUAUGCGCAACUGGAGGACACCAAGCGGCGACGUGGUGACAGCUCGCUGUGA